UGACUCAAGUCACAUGUUCACGAAUAUAACCAUUCACAAAAACACGAAAACACGUAAAAUAAAAAAUAAAUAAAUAAAUAAAUAAAAAAGAAAUUAAAAUUUGUUGCAAAAAAAUGUAAACAUAAACAGAUCGUGUACCACUGUAAAAAUUAACUAUAACGUAUAGUUAAUUAAUAAUGUAUUGCUGUAUGGAACUUAAAUUGAAUGACCCUGUCAUUUGUUGAUAGUUUCAAUUUAUCAUCUCAUCAUCCAUCAUCAUAGUUGUUUCUUCUUUACUGUUUCUAUCAUCCUUCAAUCAAUUGGCAAUAUAUAAUAUAUCAUCAUCAUGCCUUCGGAUCCUAAUGGUCAAUUCCCUCCAUCUUCUCCAUUAAUCUCUAAUGAAGAUUAUGCAGCAGAAGACCCCUUUGCCUUUAAACCAAAAUUUCAACUUCAAGAACUUCAUCAUCAAUCUAAAUCGGCUAUUAAAGAAUAUCCAACUCCAAAUCCUUCAUCUGCUUUAUUUAGAUCUUCUUCUCCUGUAAGAUCUAACAAUAAUCAUAUUAUUACUACUACUACUACUACUACCAACUUCUAUGACACUCAUACUCCGGAACCAGUUAAUCAAUUACAACAUCCUAAAAAAGUUAAAUUUGAUUUAACUAAACAAUCAAAAACUGUUAGAAUCAAUAGUGAUUUUAAUAUCUUAGAUCCUGAUGUUAAAGUUACUAGAAUCCCCUUACUUAAUUCAAAAAGUCAUAUCACAAUUGGUAGAUCAUCAAAAUCUUGUGAUUUUGCUAUUAAUGCUAAAAAUUCAUUCAUUUCAAGAAUUCAUGUUUCUUUAAGUUAUAACUCUCAACAAAUUAUCUUAAAUUGUUUAGGUCAAAAUGGGAUAACUAUUAAUAUUCCAAAACCUUGUUUUGUUUAUGCUACAAAUUCUUCAAAAAAUUAUUUAAUUAUGGAAAAUAAAAGUGGUAAUCCUUUAAAUUUAAAUGAUUUAAAUUUAGUUAAUCCAAUUUUAAACCAAAAUUCAAAAUCAAAUUUAAAAUCAAUUAAAUUAGAUUCAAAUAAUACUCAAUUCUUUAUUAAAAAACAUGAAACUAUUACUAUUCCAAGAUUAAAUAAUAUCUUAUUAGAAAUUUCAAAUCAAAUCUUAUUAAUUAAUCCUCAAGAUAUUGAAGAAGAAUUAACUGAAGAUGAAUUACCAACUUUGAUUACUCCAAUUAAAGCUAUUAAUCAUGAUCUUUCUUCACCUCCAAGAACAGUGGCUAAAAAAGUGGUUGAUAAACUUGGUAGUGAUGAUCUUGAUUCUUUAGCUCAACAAUUAGAACAAGAUUUAAUCGAUCAACAACAAGAUGAAGAAGAAGAUCAUAAAUUGGAACAACAAGAAGAAGCAUUACCUCAACCAAUCUUAUCCAUCCCUAAUGAUGAAUUAACUCCAAGUAAACCACCAACCAUGAUUCUUUUAAAACCAAAACCAAAAUCAAUUGAAACUUUCAAAAUCUUUGAAGAUAAACAGGAAGUAGAACAAGUACAACCACCACAAGAACCAACUGUCCCCGAAAUCAUCAAAAGACAAUCAACUCCCCUUAAUGAUAAAUCAAAUACUUAUAGUAAUCCAACCACCCCAAAAUUCAAACGUGCUCAAUCGGAAGAACCACCAAAACAGCAACAACAACAACAACAUCAUCAUCAACGUAAGAAGAAAAAACAAGACGUAUCAGAAACAUCCUUACAAAAAGUUGAAAUCAAUCAAGAUUGGAUAUCUGAUAUUGACAACAUUGAUGAGAUCAACAAUAUCUUAAUCAAUCACCUUGCAUUCUCAAGAUUAUCAUCUACCCCUGCUUCAUUCUUAAACACCAUCAGUGUCGUCACAUCCAAAUUACAAUUGAAUCAAUUAAGAGUCUUAUUACAUAAUAUUAAAUGUAUUGGAGUCAUCUAUAGAGAAGGGAAAGAUGCGGCUGGGAAACAAUUAGAAGAAGAAUAUUAUUAUAUGCCUGAAAAUGAUAAUGAUUUCGAUAGAACUAAUUUAGUAUCGAAUUUAAAAGGUCAUGGUGGAUUAAGAUCUUGUAGAAGAACUCAUAAACAAUAUUAUUGGAAGAAACCAGCUCCAAUUAAAAAGUAGAGUAAAGUUUUUCGUUAAUUAGUUGUAUAUUAGUAAUAAAUAAAUUGUUACAUAGA